GCGGUGGUGUACGUUUAUAAGCCUUCUGGCUGACGACAAACGGCGCAGUUGGUACUAUGUCAGCAAAGUGGGGGUGGGCACUAUAUGACAUUUACAGAGCGGCGAGUCGAGCAAUAGCCCCGUUUGUAUACCUGCACAUCCACUGGAGACGGCUUCGUGGCCUCGAGCACCGGUCAAGAUGGAUGGAGCGCUUCGGCCGCCCUACAACCCCGCGUCCCCCCGGCUCUCUCAUCUGGUUUCAUGCCGUAUCUUUAGGUGAAGGACUGGCCGCCAUUCCCGUGAUCAAGCAUUGUUUGCAGGAAUACCCUAAUGUCCUUGUCUUGAUGACCACCACGACAGUUUCAGCUUUUGAGGUCAUCAAGGACAAGCUUCCAAAUAGUGUCAUCUAUCAGUUUGCUCCAGUUGAUACGCCCAUGGCUAUGGAAAACUUUCUUGUGUACUGGAGUCCUGUUGCCGUGAUUCUUAUGGAAAGUGAACUUUGGCCAAAUCUCAUUAUUUCUGCCUCAAGAAAAGGAAUUGCAGUAGCAUUAUUGAACGCUAGGAUGUCUUACAAAUCCUUCAAGCGUUGGUCCCUAAGGAUAUCACUUCCUCUGAUAGCUUUGAUGCUAUCAAAAUUUUCUCUCAUAGUUGCAUUGAGUACAACUGAAGCAGUUCGUUAUCAAUUGCUAAAUGCACCACCAUUUAUUAUAAAUUUCGCUGGUGAUUUGAAAUAUGCAGUUGGAGGUCUCCAACUCUCUCAAAGGGAGAACAAAAAUAUCGAAGGUCUUAAGCUGCAACUGAAGGAUAGGUCAGUUUGGAUGGCUGCAUCCAUACAUAGUGGCGAAACAGAAGUCAUGAUUUCUGUCCACAACGAGUUAGCAAGGGCGUUUCCCAACUUGGUUACCAUCCUUGUGACACGACAUCCCCGGCAUGGACAACAGUUAGUUGAGGCACUACUGGAAAGAGGGAUGCAUGCGGCAUUGAGAUCAAGAUGUAAAAUGGUCUCUCCUUGUGUAAAUGUUUAUGUAGUGGACACUUUAGGGGAACUUGGAAUGCUUUACAGGGUCUCUCCAAUAGCUGUUAUUGGAGGUUCUUUCCAAUCUGGUCUUUCUGGUCACAAUUUCUCUGAGGCUGCUGCAGCUGGUUGUGCUGUUCUCACAGGUCCUCAUGUAGGCCACUUCUCUCGCAUGUUAGCAGAGAUGAAACAAGUAGAUUACCAGUCAGUUAUUCAGGUUGAGGGGAAAUUAGAACUUGUGAAGUCUUUGAAGCAGCUUCUAAGCAGUACUGAGCUCUUAAAAUCACAUCAGAAAUCUGCAAAACUCGCCUUUUCAACUGUUUCAAAUGGGGUUGUCCAGAAUGUCUGGAAUCUUGUUGAUGCCCAAUGUUUGCAAAGCAGGCAGGCCUUGGGCUAAUCUAAAGUUUGGAAGUUUCUGGUUUGGCUUUUGCUCUGUAGCCUAGAAGUAGUCUUUUACUGAUUCUUUCUAUAAUCUAUUACUGACAUUUGUGAUCUCAAGCUUUAUAUGAAGUUUUGGGUAUUUCCUCCAGUUAAUUGAUUUAUCUGUAGGCUUGAGUUCUUGAAGAGCGUAGAUGUAAAUUUUGUGCUCCUGCACGAGUCUUAUUGGACUGUAAGAUUCAUAUUUCUCUGGCUUCGGCUGUAAUGUGCGAAGACAACUGAGUUGUUUACCAAAGCUGUGCUCUAAGCCUUCAUUUAAUAUUAUUUGUAGUUGAUGUUGCA